AUGGUUGAGGGAGUUUGUUCUCCAGAUGAUGGAACAGUUCCUACACUUACCAAGGAGGGACUCAGUGGAAAGGUUCUGUCAGUCUUUCCAGCCCGGCACCCUCAGAGGGUACGGAAGAAAUCCAAGAAGUGUGGGAUCUGUCCCCAGGAUGAGGAGGAGGCAGGGUUUUUCUUGAGGCUUCGUCAGAGCCUUGAUGGUGACUGCUGGCCUACAGAAGGCUCUCCCAAGAGUGCGUCUCCAGAGUCAUCUGCAGGCCCUCAGAGCCUUAUUUCCUCUAAGGACACAGGUCCUGGAGAUCCAGGUGGAAGCUGGGCAGACUGGGCCCCAGAGACCGAGUUUGAACGCAUGCUCUUUUCUAAGAAUGUGGCUCAGCCAGGCAGCCUUGAUCACCUUUUUGGACUCUCGGGGCUCUUUGGAGAUGAAUCCCUUAACCUGGCCACACAGGACCCUCUCCAGAGUGCAGCACUGUACCCAGGGGUGCUGACUGAGGGCUCUACAGAGCAGCAGGAAACACAGCCCCUGUUUGGCAGCUCUGGCACUCCACCUGACCCGGAGGUGCCAGAGGUCAAGGCCCAGCCAGUGUCUAGGGUAGGGCUGGAACAAGGACUUGCUGCUCCAGCUGAGCCCUUGGGUGGCCUCAGUGGCACAUCCCUGGGGCGGAGGAGAUCCAAGGAAGUGAAAAAGCGGUGGCGAUGGACAGGUCCGGUGCCCUGUGCCCCACAACAGCGAACAGACAACUCCAGCCAGGACCACCCGGAAGAAGUCUUUCAAAGAGGUUGCCCUGGAGUGGUCUGCUCUGGACCAGUGCUCCAGCUCCUGGGAGCCUUCAGCAACAGCCAGCCGGGAGGACAGCUUGAAACUCUGGAGGACUUGAUGAAGACCAGUUCAGCCAGGAGGCAGAGACGGCCCAUGACUUCUCCCUCUGCCAGUCGCCAGUGUGACCUCAUGGAAACUGAGAAUGAGGAGCCUCUUCAGCAGAGGACUGAGGGCCCAGGUGAGCAAGACACUAUGUCUCUGGAUGUUGGAGUGCGAUCCACUGUGGUCCGAACUAUGCAGGAGGUGCUAUGGACUCGUGUCCAGGAGCUUCCGGACCUGCUGCUGAGGGAGGAAGAGGUAGCCAGCAUUGCAGAGGACAUCGAAGCGGCCCUUUUCCACCUGACCCAGGACACCAACACCCGCUACAAGACUAAAUACCGCAGCCUGCUCUUCAACCUGAAAGAUCCCCGAAACUCCGACCUGUUUCUCAAAGUGGCUCACUGUGACGUCAGCCCUCAGGACCUGGUGCAGAUGAGCUCAAUCCAGCUGGCCCCUAAGGAGCUGUCCCGCUGGCGGGACCAGGAGGAAAGAAGGGGCCUGGACACCAUUGAGCAACAACAGAAGGAGCUGUAUAGACUUCCCACCUCCAAACUGACUCACAAGGGCGAGGUAGAGAUCCCACGGGACUCGGACCAGAUGCUGACCCUGGAGGACCUGAUGGAACCCAUGGUACCCCGAGAAUACAGCCCACAGGCCCUGACAUCCCCCCUGGAGGACACCACAGACCAGCACCAGCAUCACUUUUGGGACUCAAACUGCCACACAUGCAAGGAUUGGAAAUCCUCAACUAAACUGCCAGGCUUCUCCAGAGCCAUUGUGAAUGAAGAGGAAAAUGUCAUUCAGAAAGCCCCAAGUCCAGCUCCUAUAUACUCUCCAGAGAUGCUCAAGACUGGGGAGACACCUUCCAAGGAACCACAGGACAGGCUCCAGAUGCCUGCUGGGUCCAAAAAUGUCCCGCCCAGCCCUCUGCCAUGGGAGGGCUCACUAGAUAUGUUCUCCAUCAAGCAAUUCCGGGCCAAGGCCCAGCUGAUCUCGGGAGACAGGUGUCAGCUUGCCCAGGCCCUGCCGGAAGUCAUUCGCUCAGCAGGCUGCCUCCCUCCAAAUGACCUCUGGGAUCUUCUAGAUAGCCUGUGCCCAGCCAGAGCCAAGGACAUCUGCGUGGUCAGACUGUGUCCCCAUGGGUCUCGGGACAUCCAGAACUACCGCCUGCUCUACUCCUACCUCAACAACAGGCAGCGCCACUGUCUAGCGACUGUGCGGAGCAUGAAGAUGGUCCUGCUGCCCCUGCCCGCCUUCCAGCCGCUGCCAGCCAGACUGCGCCCUCUGGGAGGCCCAGGUCUUGAAACCAAUCACACAAGCCUGUUAUUAGCGGUGUUGUUCCCUAAGGAUGGGCUUCCAGACACAGCCAUGUCCAGCCCUCUGUGGAACAAGGUUCCAAAGACUGUCUCCUUCAACAAAAAAGUGGAGAGAAGAUGCUACCAGCCAGAGGACAGGGUGUCAGAGGCCACUCUGAGAGAAUCACCUUGCCAUGAGGAGGCCCCAAAGCAGAGCUUGGCCAAGGGCAGCCUGACUCCAAGUGUUUGUGCUUGGCAGAGUCUCCCCAGAGGCAGGGGGAGGCAGGAACAUGGGUGGGGACGGCAGUUCCCAGAAGCAAGCUACCCCCAACAUCCCAAUUCAAGUGGAUCACUUUUCCCUGGCAUUGGCCAUGGGCAGCACCUGCAUAGGGCUUCCUGUUUCCAUCAAGACCUACUCCAGCAUCUCAAGGUCUUAGUGACCAUGAGUCGCCAGUUCCAGGCCUCGCUGUGGCCCCCAGGUCAGGAGCCCCUCCUCCCAUUCUCUGCAGAAUCUGCAGUUGCAGAUCCCCCUGGACCAGUCCUAGACCCUUCUCUGGGCUCCAUAGAUGGAGGUGGCUCUGAGUGUCCUUUGCCAGAGAGGCAUGACCCUUUGGACCCACCAGAACAGGAGUGCUCGACAGGGGGUAGUGGUGCACACCUUUAA